AUGACUAUCUGUGAUGUGCCGACAGUGCACAAACAUUUUCUCACUUCAAUCUUCUUUUAUUUAUUUUUCUCAUUUUCAAUUUUCCAUAUUAACUGUGUGUUUAUGUAUAAAAGCCAUAAAUAUAAUGGUUACAAGAGUAGUGUUGGUUCAUAUUUCAAAGGUUCAUGCAGCAAAUAUAAAACGAUGCGACAGAUUAUAAUAUUGGCUAGUUUGGUGGCUUGCUGCGUUGCGGCUCCUACAUCACAACUAACUUCUAUGGUAGUUAAAGGCCACGAUUUACCGCUAGAGCGUCCUAGUCCUAUUAAUCCGGAUGUACCCAGUGAUCCUAAGCCUGCUGAAAAGAUCACCAAGAUCACCGACCCGAAAGAGAUUGUGAAACAUAAACGUGAAGCUGAGGACAACCCUUAUGAUCAUAUAAUACGUUUUGCGCCAACUGCGCUACCUGUCAGACAAAACGAAAAUAAACAUUCACAAGAGUCAAGCGAGCACAGUCUGGAGGCUGAUUCGACUCACCAUCGUCAAAAGCGAGAAAAGAGGCAAAAUAAAGAAACCAGAAAGUCUUCAAAAGUAUCUGAGCCUACACCUGUACCAUCCCGCAAGACCCAUCCUGGCCCAGCGCCUGCUCGCGAUUUACCCAAAUCUCGACAACGUCGUCAAGUAGAUCCCCAUCUAAUUGGAGCAUCUACAGUACCAGUGGCACCACUUCUUUAUAUUGAUGAAAAAAAUAAAUCAACUGAAGAAGAGGUUCAACAUGAAACAAAUUCUGAAGAUCCAGUUGUAUCAGAAGUUGGUGACCACACUGAAGCUCACGAAUCAGAGAGCGCAGAUGUAGCAACACCAGUAAAACGUGAUAUACCAGUUCCAUUAGUGCCAAAAUAUCACCAUCCUGAGGAAUCACCAAAGAGCGGUGACAAGACAGAGAAAAAACAGAAAAAUAGUAGUGAGGAGGAUAGUGAGUCAAAAGAAAGUAGUGAAAGUAAUGAAAGCCAUGCAGACUCUAAGGAAAAAAAACCAGUGAUCCAAUCUCAAAAUCUGCCCAUAGAUCAUCAGCAAGAUCCACAUAUCCCAGCACAAGCUUCACACACCACGAUUAACAAAGAAGAGCUAGAGGAACACACUACACCAGUUUUAGAGCAAAGCAAACCUGCUGAGGUACAAAACAUUACAUCUGCUAUAGAGCAUGUAAAUGAACCACUCAUGGAACAGCUAGCCGACGUUUUGCCAACUGAGGUCAUCGCUUAUGAAACUCCUGCUAGCAAAGAGACUGUCACAAUUAAACAUCCUGUACCUGUUGCAGAGCUGUUUUCAAAUCAUAAACCGGCACAAACUCACCUUGCUCGCUAAAUUUGGAAAUUAUAAUAUAAUUUUUCAAAUUCUUUCUUAAUUUACACUUUAGUUGUUAACAGUUUUGUUUUUACACUUUAAAACCAAUAACACAUUUUGUUUAUACACGAUUAUAAAUAAAACAGAUAUUUAACAAUUA